AUGUCUCAGCAGCCAAACCCACAAUCUCCGUCGAAAGUGUCCGCUUCCUCUACUCAUGCUCAAGACGCUACGGAUGUCCCCAUUAACCCUAAUGUGAUUCUUGAGGUCACCCCUUUACAGAUGGUGAUUCCAUACGAUCUUGUGGCAAAAAGGCCAAGGACAUCGCAUGCACGAAAAACCAAAGAGACAGCAAGGAGACCUAAAAAGCCAAAUUCUAAUCAGACUUCUCAAUCGUCCGUUCCUCCCUCUAGGGAAGAAUUAUCUAAAGAAGGCUCUAGGUAUGGUCACAAUGCCAUUGCUAAAAUUGUUACCCAUAUCCUAAAUGAGAAUAAUGUUAUACCUGGGAUCUCUGUUCCUUUAAAUUAUGUGCUUCCUGAGAAUACGAAUGUUAAUGAAGAAAACGUUGUUGAUAAAGAUGUUGAUGAUGCUGUCAAUAGAAAUGAUGUUGUGAAUAUGGAUGUGCAUGUGGAUGACAAUAAUAAGAAUGAUGAUGUGGAAGAGACUGUUGGUAAGGACGAUGCUAUUAUUGAUAAUGAUCACAUUGAGGUCCCUAUUGUUGCUGUGUACAAUGAAAAGGUACCUAGUAAUGUGUCUGGUGAUAAGGAUGAGAUGCACACUGAAGAUGGUCAAACUGAAGAAAAAGAACCUGAGAAAACCCAAGCUGAUAAAGUCAUCAACCUUGAUGAUCUCUCUAAUGAUGACUUGGUUGCUUCUAUCAAUCCAAGCAUAGAAAAAAGGCUUAUAAGGAGGAAAGGGAAGCAAGCCGUGGCUAAGCCCACUUCUGUUGGACCCAAAAAAUCAUGGAGCAAAGUGGUGCCUAAGAAGAUAAAGGCUAGAAUCAUUGCUGAGAAUGAGUCAGAUUCUGAUGUUGCUGUGAAUGUCAAUGACAUCCAUCCCAAGAAGAAGGUCUCUACUAGCAAACUUGCUACUAGUGUACCUGAAGUACCUAUUGAUAAUAUUUCUUUUCACUAUCCAUCCAGUUUACUCAGAUGGAAAUUUGUUUAUCAGAAAAGAUUGGCCUUAGAAGGGGAGCUUGCUCAGAAUGCUCUUGAGUGUGAGGAGAUUGUGAAUCUCAUUCAUGAAGCUGGACUGAUAAAAACUGUGACUCAAUUCUCUAAGUGUUAUGAAGUCCUUGUGAAGGAGUUCAUUGUGAACUUACAUGAAGAUUGUGGCAAUAAGAAAGCUAAGGAUUACUUAAAAGUGUUUGUCAGGGGAAAAUGUGUUAAUUUCUCCCCCUCUGUGAUCAACAAAUUUCUGGAAAGAUCUAAUGAAGCUCAACCGGAGCUAGAAGUAUCUAAUAAUCAAAUGUGCAAAGUAAUUACUGCUUGA